AUGGGGCCCUUUCUUCGUGACCCCGCGGUACUGUUGUGUGCCCUUCUUAUCCCGCUCGUUAUCUCUCGUCCCACUAUAGACCCUGGGGACUGCCCAACGGCAGCAGCCCUACUUGACUCCCAUUGCAUUGAUCGGGCAUCUGUAUCAGCUCCUGAGCUGAAGGUCUAUGAGCCACCACGGUCUUCCCCCUUGACAAUCUAUGCGAAUUCGCUUCAGCAGAUGACCCGCAAGUCCAAGGCAACCAUUGCCGUUCUCUCGACCCUGAUUGCAUAUGUAUCCAUCAACAGCAUCAUCCACAUAGUCAGACCGAACGCUUUUGUCUGGUGUGUGGAGGAUCGGGAGGAGCGGUCUUGGAUUGCGACCUCGCGCUCGUGGUUCGACCGCAAGUCCUGCCGAUGGCUCGGUGUCUGUGGUGCGGCACAUCUACAUAUCGCACAGGGUAAAUUUGGCGAACGAGACCCAACACAGUGGGCAGAUGCACAAACUGCGGAGCCAGAAGAACCCUGGCGGUCCUUUUGGCUUAGCGGGGCUAGCGACGCCGAGUGGGAUGCCGAAGAGCGGGCUCGGCGGCAGAUCCCCGACUAUGUGCUGAACUAUGCCCCACUCGUCCACCUUUAUUCUGGCGAACAAUUCUGGCCCGGGGAUAUCGCCGAACACUUGUAUCACACCACUCCCAUGCUCAAUUACACUCCCAUUCAAGCUGAAUGGGACCAUCCAACGCUGAAUGACUUGGAUCCUUUGAAUCAGUGGGAAAGAGGCAGGUCUGUCUUUUUGACCAGCAAUGAUGAUGUGCAGAAGCGCCCACCUUGGCUGGAAGGUGAAAGAAACAUCCCACAAGGUGGAGCAAACCCCAUGAAAGAGUCAUGGGCGGACUGGGACGGUCGAGUGGAUGGCGAUAUCCCCGGCGAUACCGAAGAGAAUCGUGCGAAGUGGUAUGACUUCCGCAAAUUGCAACAAGAAGCCAUUACUGCCCCCGAGCCAAGACCCAGUGAAUAUGAGCAGGCACAGGAAAUACUCAAGGAAGAGCUGCGCAAGCGAUAUGGUGGGCAAAAGAUCCACGAUGAUGGCCAGGGUGGGCGAAGUGAUGCGCCGGCGAUUUUGGUAGUGAUGGACAAAGGCAAUGGAAUCAUAGACGCAUACUGGUUCUACUUCUACAGCUUCAAUCUCGGCAACACUGUCAUCAAUGUCCGAUUCGGAAACCAUGUCGGUGAUUGGGAGCAUUGUCUGAUGCGAUUCCACGACGGUGUCCCGAAAGCGCUGUUCUUCAGCGCCCACCAAGGUGGAGAGGCGUAUAGCUACGAGGCGGUUGAGAAGAUAGGUCAACGACCCGUGAUAUACUCUGCCGAGGGCAGCCACGCCAUGUACGCCACAACCGGGAUACAUGAGUACAUUUUGCCUUGGGGACUGCUGCACGAUGUCACAGAUCGUGGCCCAUUGUGGGAUCCUCUACUCAACUCACAAACUUACACAUAUGACUUUGAGAGUCAAAACCUGCGCGCCUCAACCCUAAACCCAUCUGCCCCGACUGAAUGGUUCCAUUUCAAGGGCAAAUGGGGCGACAAGUUCUACCCACUGGGCGAUGAACGCCAGUACCGAUUCGCUGGCCAGUAUCACUACGUUAACGGGCCUCUUGGCCCGAAGUUCAAACAUCUCAAUCGCCACAAGGUUUGCCAGGGUCCUGAUCGCGCUCCUUGUGUUAUCAAAAACUACAUUGAACAAGGGAAGCGACCUCAACGCUGGGCAUCCAGUGGACCUGGAGAAUAG